GAGUCUGAACUUAACGAGGCGCACCUGGGUCGGCGCAGAGGCGAAAACCCCGCCUGUGGCCGGAGGAGGCGCACCAGAACUCGGCGAGAGAAUCAAUCGGCCUCGGCGGCGGAAGAGACGCCACGCGCCGUGCGGCCGCAAGAGGGGGCCUUUUCCCCUUCCGGCGAGUUGGGUGACUCAGAAUGGACCUAAUACUUCCAUUUAAAGUUGGAGGUGUUGUAGAGUUAAGAUCCUUCGAUGCUGGUUACAGGGGUGCAUGGUUCCGUUGCAAGAUCAGCGAUAUGUGUAUCAGGAAUGGUCACAUGGAGUAUCAGGUUGAGUAUAUGGACUAUCCAGAGGAAAAAAGGAGCUGGAGUAGACUCUACAAAGUUCCCCCAAAAUACCGUCGGAAAGCAGGUCGGAAAGCAGGACAGAAUAGGGAGCUCAUGCUACGACCUCCUUUUCCUCCAUGGUGUCGGGAUAAUGAUAUUCCUGAGCAUGGCCAGAAGAUGGAUGUUCUAGCAGUUGUAAGCAGCCCUUGGAAAGUUGGUGACUUGAUUGACUGGCGGCACACCAGUUGUUUCUGGACCGGGAAAAUUACCGAGUUACUGGGCGAUGACAAAGCUAUGAUAGUUUGUCCUGAAAUACCGCUAGGUGAAGGUGGAUGCUAUGAAGUCGAUCUUGAUGACCUGAGGCCAGCACUUGAUUGGUCCCUCGAAAAAGGGUGGAGCGCUCCUCUUUCAAAGGAAAAUGGUGAAUGCUGGUAUACUGCCCGUUUGGUCACAGAGAACCCAGAUACAGGAAGUAGCAGCUCAGAUGAGGACAUUGAGCAAUCUGAUGACGGUAUCAAGGAAGUACAAAAGUGCUGGAAUGGAUCAUUUGACACAGCGAAGCAGGAACAACACAAUUGCUUGAAUGGAUCAUGUGUUACCGCGGAGAAAGUGAAGGACCCGGAUGUAAAACAUCCAGCCAGUAGAAAUGGCAGGCACUGCAUGAAGAGUCAACCACAUAGCGAGGAGGAACCACAAAAAUGCACGAACGAAGAGCCUGAUACGUCUCUAGUGGUCAUCCGCCCAAAAGCGCAACUUACGCCUGAUGAAAGUGAUGAAUGCUGCACAAACAUCCAGGCUGAGUAUCCAACAUCCCCAAUGGCCAAUUCAGGACAUUCUUGUGAGUUCCUUACCAGUGGCCAAUCAGGUCUCACCAGUUUGAAAAAACUCAAGACCUCAACCGAGUGCGCAUCAGUUCAGCAGCCUCCUGGCACUGCUGGUGACGCGUUGAUGGAUCUGGAGAAAGUAGCAAGUAAAAUCAGAAGGGCCCAGGAUCUCCUGCAAUCUAUCGACGAUACUCCAUCAAGCAGAGCGCCUUCUUGGCGAUUGUAUCGGUAAAGCAUAACUGAAGUUAUGUGGCUUCUGACUAUAACCUGAUGUAGCUAGUGCUCGACUCCCUGGUUAUGCUAGUUAGUUGGAAUCUCUGGAAGAAGUGGAGAUGCAGCAAUGGAAGGCGCAGCAGCAGCGGGGUCUGAUAGCUUUUGUGACGAGUAAAGAGUUAGCUUCUCCCAGGCAAAUAAAUGGUGGCCGGGUCUAGAUCUGUAUCGGUCUUUUUUCAAUCUUCCUCAGCUC